AGCCUGGCCAAGCCAAAGUUAAAAAACACAAAAUAAGAUCCUACGUUGGAAAAUAUUCUACUUGUGGUGACAUUUGUAUCCCUUAAACCCUAGAAAACAAAAGCAGCAUAUCACGCUCAGGGGUUUGAAAGCCGGACUCGAGAGGGUUUGGAGCAUUUUCGCGAGUUAGGGUUUUGAUUUUUCACUUAUGCAUUUUCUCGGCUUAUGUUGAGGCUGGGAAUAGCUUAGUUGCAACUUGCAAUGGACGGCAGGUUUUCUGGAUUGAAGCCGAAGCGGCCGUUAACUGGAGCGGAGGACAAUGGGCAUCGCUCCAAGCGGUUUCAGGCGUCGCAGGCAGAGAAGGGAGAUAUAGCGUUUAAGAUUUUGUGCCCCGAGGCGAAGGCUGGAGGCGUUAUAGGAAAAGGAGGCAGUAUUAUAUCUCAAAUACGGCGUGAAACAGGGGCCCGGAUAAGUGUGCAAGAGACAGUGGAAGGUUGUGAGGAAAGGGUUGUACUUAUUUCUGCGCCAGCCGAGGGAGAUCAACAUUCUGGUUUUUAUGGGGCCGUCGAGAGGCCGUCACCUGCGCAGGAUGCUCUGCUCAGUGUUCAUGCCAAGAUUGCCGAAGAUAUGGCCGCUGAGAAAGAUGCCAAUGGCGUUGUCAUUACUCGCAUGAUUGUUCCCAAUAACCAGGUGGGCUGUCUCAUGGGAAAGGGUGGGAAGAUUAUCCAGCAAAUGAGGGAUGAAAGCAAGGCGCAGAUUAGGAUUUUGCCCAGAGACCAGAAUCCAAAAUGUGCUGAUCCCACGGACGAGAUUUUACAGAUUCAAGGCAACUUAAAUGUUGUGAAGAAAGCAUUAUGGCUUGUUUCGAUGCGAUUGAAAGACAACACCUCAAAGGAAGCCACUCAGCCACCCCCAAUUUCUUCUUUUGUUUAUUCUCCAGAUUACAAUGCUACAUCUCGAGAUGCUUAUAUGCCGUAUCAAAAUUCAGCUGAUCAUUUCCGGAAUCUGGAUGGGCAUGCCUCAGCAAUGAUAUCAUCUGUUGGUUUUAACAGGGGCCUUGAUUCAGCACUGGGACACCCAACCUCUGGUUACAUGCUUCCCGAGGGUGGUAGAUCUCUUGCAAGUGAUCAGGGUCCUUCUUCAUCAGGGGAAGAGCUUGUUUUCCGUGUUCUUUGCCCAAAUAAGAAAAUUGGUGGUGUAAUAGGAAAAGGUGGAACCAUUAUUAAAAGCUUACGGGAAGAGAUUGGUGUGAAAAUCAAAGUUACUGAUUCAGUUCCAGGGUCAGAUGACCGAAUUAUUAUUAUUUCAUCAAAUGAGUCCCCAGAUGACAAUCUGUCUCCUGCUCAGGAAGCUUUGUUGCAUAUUCAAAGUCAGAUUGUGGAUUUGGGACCAGAUAAAGAUAGUGUAAUCACAACAAGGCUUCUUGUUCCGGCCAAUCAAGUUGGUUGUUUGAUUGGGAAAGGUGGUUCUAUAAUUUCUGAAAUGAGGAGAGCAACUGGUGCAAAUAUUCGAAUUUUACCCAGAAAAGACCUUCCACAAUGUGCCUUGGAAACAGAUGAGCUUGUUCAGAUUGUAGGUGACAUACGAGUGGCACGAGAAGCUUUGAUUCAAACAACUUCAAGGUUGCGUGCCAAUUUGUAUCCCGAUAGGUCCGCCUCUGAAGUUCUUCCUUCUUCAUCCUUUGGGAGUAUGGCGACUUUGAGUGGUAGAGGAAGGCUUGAACCUGUAUCUCCUAGUAGAUCCUACCCAUCUAGUAUGGCAUUUCAAGGUGGCCGUUCAUCAUCAAGCUAUCUGACAUUGCCCCCUUCACCAGGUCCAUGGUCAUCAAAGGUCAGCUUACAUUCAAAGCCUGACAUGGGAAGAAUGGGCAAUUUCACGGACUAUGAAGAACCGAUUGUUCGCAAAGGUGGAUCUUCUGUAUUUGGAAGAUCUACUUCUGGACUUAUCACAAAAACUACAGUCGAAGUAGUUGUACCAGAACAUGUUAUUGUGGCCCUUUUAGGGAAGUCUGGGACUGGCCUUUCUCAGAUUCGGCAGAUAUCAGGUGCCAAAGUUAAUCUUCUUGACGUGAGACCAGGAUCAUCUGAAGGAGUAGUUGAAAUAUCAGGUACUCCAGAGCAGACACAUGCAGCCCAGUGCUUGAUUGAGGCAGCAGGCAUUAAUAAAAAACCAUUAUUUGGUUGAUAGCCUAACAAACUGGUAUGCUGGCAGAUGUGGGAAAAGAAGAAUCGGAGUUGCAACUGCUGUAUAUUGACAGUAGAAAAUGUUGCUAGCCCUAUCAAAAUCUGAACUAUAAUGUUAUUUAUUAAACAGAUUCAUGGAAUUCCUCUUAUUGGGAGUGUUCUGUGAGACCUUGUGGGCACAUUUUUAGUUCAGGAAACAACUGAUUCGAAUUUGAAGGAGAUCCCAACCAACAAUUAUUGGAUUAUGCCCAAAAUGCUUCCAGAGAAAAGUUCUUGAACUUCUUAUGUCAAGCAGGUUUUUUGCACGAGGAAAAAAUGAUUUUAUCAAAUGAAUAUUCUUGUCUCUUGCUUUUUGUUGGGUGCAAUUUCCGUGUUUCUGACAAGAAUAGUAAAACAAUUUUUGUCCAGUGUGGAUAUUUGGAUAACGGUUCUCAAUGAGAUGUUCAGUGAGCACUUUUAUUAUCAAAUUGCUGGCUUUUCUCAUUAACUUUAAGAGACAAGGUUAACAAAUUUGAUUGAAGAUUUGUGUCAAUCUUAUUAACAUUUCUUUUCUGCGUUU